GCUACGUAUAGAAUAUACGGAUAGAGGAAUUGCAACUCCAAGCUUCCAAGCGUACACCUGUCCACUAUUCAAGGUGCUAGUUGAAAACGAUUGCAACUACGUCCACAGGCAAUGCAAGGCCUCCGUUCAUGCUUAUGAUUGGCAAGUGAAGAGUCAAUCGAUCCGCCCAAGAGCUGACGCCAGCUGCAUUCGCUGGAUUGAUUCGGUUCUCGACGCCCGACGACGUGGAGCUCGGAGCUCGAUACGAGACUAGACAAUUCAACACGACACGACACGAAAGCCGCCGUCGAUGCGCCUAUCCCUAUCCCCAUCCAGCCCCCAUGGCAGAUAAACCACAGCCGCCCGUACCUCGACCAUGUUCUCGACCAUCACGGCUGCGCCGGCCAAGCAGUCGGUGAGCGAAACCAUCGCGGUGCUGAGCGGCCGCCUGAGCUCGGCCACGCUGCUCGAGGACCGGCGCGCCGCCAUCCUGGGCCUGCGGAGCUUUGCCAAACAGUACCCGGCAUCGGUGGCCUCGGGCGCCCUGAGGAGCCUGAUCGGCAGCCUCAGCAAGGACGGCGAGGAUGUCGACACGGUCAAGGUCGUCAUGGAGACACUCCUGAUGCUCUUCAGCCCCAACAAGGACAGCCCCGAGGCGUCCGAGGAGAUUGCCCUGUGGCUGGCCGACGAGUUUACCCAGCGCCAGGAGAACAUCACCUUGCUGCUCGACUUCCUCGACACGGCCGACUUCUACUCGCGCCUGUACUCGCUGCAGCUCCUUGCCGCCGUGCUCUCGGCCCGCACCGAGAGGACCGAGGUCUGCGUGCUCACGGCGCCCCUGGGCAUCCCCAGGCUCGUGGCCGUUCUCGACGACCGGAGGGAGGCCAUCCGCGACGAGGCCAUUGCCCUCCUCACCGACCUCACCCCGGCCUCGGUCGACAUUCAGAAGCUCGUAGCGUUCGAGAAGGGCUUCGAGCGUGUCUUUAGCAUUGUAGGAGGGGAAGGCGGCCUCUCUGAGGGGGGCAGGGUCGUGGAGGACUGUCUGAUUCUGCUGGCGAACCUGCUGCGCCUCAACUCGUCGAAUCAGUCCAUGUUCCGGGAGAUGGGUUUCAUUGCACAGCUGGGGCGCCUCCUAAAGAGCGCGUACUGGGGAGCCGACGGUGACCAGGAAGUCGCUCAGUGGGCCGAGGCCCAACGUAACCGCAACAUAUACGCCCUACUCGCCGUCAUCAGGCUGUUCCUCGUGCCGGGCGCCGCAGGGACGCCCCAGAACCAGCUCGCGUUUUUAAGCGAGCGUGUACUUGAGAAUACCCUGCACCUCGCCUUUGAUCACGGCGUUGAGCUGCAGAUCAAGGGCGAGGCGCUGUUGACCUGUGCAGACAUGAUCAAGGGCAACGCCCGCAUUCAGGAGCAGUUCGCCGGGCUCGAGGUGCCGGCGCCGCUCGGUGGCCCAGCCGCCAGGCAGGCUCAGGGUCCCAAGUCCAACGGCAGCACGCCGAGAGUCUAUGUCAUUGACGGCCUCUUGGAUCUCAUCCUGGCUGUGAGCUCGCCCCAGGCUUUUGACAUGCGGAUGGCGGCCUGUGCGUGCCUCAAGGCCUACUUCUAUAACCACGCCGAGAUCCGCCGGCACUUUCUGACGCGGGCCAUCAACGGCCACAAGCUCAAGGCCGACGAGCUCACCAACGUGCUCACAACUCUACUCCACCCGCUGCCCGAGUCGGUCACGACAGAUCCCUACAGAUAUUGGUUUGCCUCGGUGCUCAUGCUCCAUCUGAUACACGAGAACCCGGCCACCAAGGCGUUGGCCAUGGGCGUAACAGAAGGCGACGAAGCCAGCGGCGAAGAGGUCGUUACAAGCAUCCAGACCAUUGCUUCGCACCUGCUCAGAAGCGUCCCCAAGUCGGAAGACCCCCGUGUCAUUGUCGGCUACCUGAUGCUGCUGUUGUGCUGGCUGUUUGAGGACCUUGACGGAGUGAAUGAUUUCCUGGGCGAGUUCACCAACCUGCAAGGGCUGAUUCAGGCGGCCGUAGAAAACCCGAAUGGAGAUGUCAUGGUGCAGGGUCUGAGCGCCAUGUUGGCGGGCGUAGUCUAUGAGUUUUCGACCAAAGAUUCUCCGGUGCCGCGGGCGACAGUCCGCGAGAUGAUCGUGUCGCGCAUGGGCCGCGAUCGCUAUGUCGAGAAACUGACCAAGCUGCGGUCGUACCCCCUGAUGCGGGACCACGAGGUCCUGCCCCAGAGCCUCGACUCGAAUCCGGAGCAGAAGCUUCCAGACGUCUUUUUCGACGACACGUUUGUCGAGUUCUUCAAGGACAACUACAGGCGCAUUCUUCGGGCCAUUGACCGCGACCCGGGCCUAGAAAUAUCCGUCAUCAUGAACGGGGUGCAAAAGGGGAUUUCGAGAGAGCUAGUCGACUCGCUGCGGGCCCAGGCCGACGAAAAGGAGAGGGCUCUGCAGGAUGCCGAGGCCGCAAGAGCCUCGCUCCAGAGGCAGCUCAGUCAAGAGCAGGCAGACCACCGUCGCGCCAAGGAACUCAGCUCAGCCGACGUCUCCCGCGCCACGACAGCAGCCGAUGCUCUACGCGCCCAGCUUACGGCCAAGGACCGCAAGCUGCAGAGUGCCGAAGGAGUGGCAGCCAAGCUCAUCCAGCAGCUGAACCAAGAGCAGACGGACCACCAACGCACAAAAGCCGAGAUAGCAAGGCUCAAGAACGUCAACGACGGGCUACAGCGACACCACGAGGGAGAGGUGGCCAAGCUGCGUGCGGAGCAGAAAUCAAAAGAGCAAGAGCUGCAGCGGCAAGCGGACGCAAUCCGCAAGGCAGCCGAGUCAGAUGCCGAGCGCGCACGCCGACGCUUUGAGGCCGAGAAGGCCGACUUAACAGCUACAAUUAGAAGCCUCGAGGUUGAUUUGAUGAAAGCCAACAAGGCCAGGGUCGACUUAGAAGGCAGGGCGGCAGAGCUGGACGCGAAACUGAAGGCGGCGGGAGACGGCCUAGCCGACACGGAGAAGCGACUCAAGACAGCCGAAGCAGAAGGUCGCAAGUCGAGCGCACAACUCGAGGCAAAGGAGGAAGAGCGCAAGACAGUGCAGAGCGAGCUCGACGACCUUCUCAUCGUGUUCAGCGACCUCGAGGACAAGGUCACAAAAUACAAGGUUAGCUACAAGCUGGGAUCAUCGUAUCUAGCAGCGUACUUGCCUGGCACUCUUGGCAUGACUGACAUGGCAUUUACUCUAGGAACGGCUCAAGUCCUUAGGUGAGACGGUGUCAGACGGCGAGGACGAGGAUGGCGAUGGCGAAGAGGAGGACGAUGAGUGAAUAGAGAGAGGAACUAGCGCAA